AUGUUGGUCAGCAAAACUUUACUCGUUUUACUGGUGGCCAUCCUGGGUACCUCAUGGGUAUCCGACGGCAGAACCAAUGGAUUAGCUUCUGCUUGCUGGUCCAGUGUGAAACGACCAGAUCAAUGCGUGGAGAAAAAAGAUCCCACAAAAGUCUCCAAAGAAGUUCCCAAAGGAAAUACCACAAAAGUUUGCACGAUUAAUGACAUCCCUCAAAAAGAUGAUGAAUUCGCGCCUCUGACUGUUGGCAUUUGGGUCGAGGAUAAGUAUUAUCGGUUACCCAAUGCUCGUUUCUACAAAGUAGAAAUUAAGGAAGGCACAGCACGUUCGUUUACACACGUUCCAAAUCCUUACUAUCGAGGAAGACGGAUUAUUAUCAAAGAUUAA